CGUAUACAUGUAUCAAGUACUGGUACUAAAAUUACAUACAUCGGAUCAGAUCACCGACUGAGACGCGGAAAAAAAUUUAGAACACCUUUCUAUUUUUUUUCUGUAGCAAAACUUCCCCUCCUCUCUAUCGCCUCUCUGCCUAUCUCUCCCGCCUUAGUUAGUCCCGCCUCCUAUAUUUUCUUCUUUCUUCUUCCCCCUCCCCCCAUUUAUAUACUCUUCUCUCCCCCUCUUCCGUCCGUCGUCUUCCUCUCAGCAUGUCCCAGCAGAUCACUGCACAGGAUGCCUCCAACACCGCCCAAGAGUCCGGACACGCCACCUCCCAUCCCCCCCGCACCACCGAACUCGCCAGUCUUAAGAUAAGACUUCGAUCUGCUUUACGCCAGUUUCCCGACUUCCCCGAACCCGGCAUUCUCUUCGAGGAUAUCCUACCCCUCUUCGCCGAUCCGACUCUUCACGAAGCCCUCAUCCGAUCUCUCGAGUUGCAUAUCCUCGAGACAUACCAUGAGAAGCCCGAUGUCAUUGUCGGCUUGGAUGCCCGCGGCUUCUUGUUUGGACCUAGUCUUGCGUUGAGAUUGGGCGCUGGCUUCGCUCCGGUGCGCAAGCGGGGUAAAUUGCCUGGUCCUUGUGAAACCGAGUCGUUCAAGAAGGAGUACGGCGAGGACUUUUUCCAGAUGCAGGCAGAUGCGGUGAAGAAGGGGCAAAAAGUGCUGGUUGUCGAUGAUAUUAUUGCAACGGGAGGCUCUGCUGCUGCUGCCGGCAAUCUCGUCACGAAACUCGGAGGAACCUUGAUUGGAUUUGUCUUCAUUCUGGAACUCGACUUCCUCAAGGGAAGAGACAAACUACCUGCUCCUGUGUUCACUCUUCUUCAUGGACAAGAAGGAAAGGUAUAAACCUUUCCUCUUUGGAUUUUUAUAAUCUCUCCACACACGUGGAAGACAUUAUGAUUCUUUCCGCAAGCUGAUUUCGGCAUAAAAUUUGUUUUACUUUUCACCUCGCUUUCUUGGUGCAUGCAUAUCAUGGAGAGAGAUUCAGAUGAACACCGGCGGAUUCCGAGUUACAGGCAACAAAAAUUCAACAAUCAUAAUGUCGACCGGUGGGUAUAUUUCGCGGUCUUUGUUAGCAGACUAUGAUUUCGACAAACAUGCAAUACCGCUCAGACUAUUCCCACCGCCAGACAAUCCCAUUAUUCGGCGUGAUCUAUCUACUCCAGAAGAUCUUUCAGUCGAAAAAAAAAGACAGAUCCCACCGCGAACAAGAGAAAAACGGAAGUCUGCAGUUCCUUGAAACAUUAUGAGCGAGGGCUUAAUCACCUCUUAAUAAUACCACUAUCGCACCACUUGCUUUUAUUUCGUCUGAACAUUUUAGAUUCCUCCAUUUGGUGGACUUCGUCAACAAUUGCUUACUUAAUGAUGUCGUGCGUCUUGUCUAUGCAAACUAGAUAGUUGUCGUACGUUUUACCGUUGGGAUACUUUAUUAUUUUUGUACAUAGAUUGCUGAACAUUGGAGAUUCGAAAAUCCGAGCUGUCAAGCUGUCAGACUCAG